UCUAUGGUAUAUUUAGAAGUUGGUAAAAUGGCUGCCUCAAACCUUGUUCGAAGUGCUUUCAAUGGAUUAUUACGAAAAUCCAUUACGUAUAAAACACCGGUGGUGUGCCGGCUUUCUACAAUUGCCCUUCAACAAAAAUACCAUACAGUGAAAACCGCCGUAAAAGUCUAUAACAGUUACAAUUUACAAAAUGGGGGCCGGAAAAUCGGCGUUCGUAGCUACAGUGCUGGCCCACCACUGUCGCUUGAUCUUAUCAAAAGUAGAGUGCUCCUUGUUCUACAACUUUAUGACAAAGUUAACCCUGAGAAGUUGAAUGUCGACUCGCAUUUCUUAAAUGAUCUGGGCUUGGACUCCCUGGACCAUGUGGAGGUGAUCAUGGCUAUGGAAGAUGAAUUUGGCUUUGAAAUUCCCGAUGGAGAUGCGGAGAGGCUGCUGAGGCCCAAAGAUAUUAUCCAAUAUAUAGCCGACAAGGAGGAUGUUUAUGAAUAAAUAUUUUUUUUAGAGCUGUGAACAAAAUUUAGACCAACUAUAAAAUACAUAAAAAAGCCAUUUAAUACCUAAAAAAUUGGUAUUGCAGAUAAAUUUUCAAGUGUUCUUUUUUAACUACUAUAGUUGGUCCUAAUUUUCUGGGUUUCAGCUUAGUAUAUAGUUCCGUUUAACUUUGUUACUCAGAUUAGAAAGAACAACUUGAUAUUGUGGAACAUCAGUGGCAAUGUAAAAAGUGUAAAUCCUGCUUUAAUUAUAUGCCUGUUAGAGUAGAUCAUUUGUUUUUAUUUUGAUCAGCAGGAACACGAGGAAAUCAUCCAAUAAACAUUGUGAAGCUUA